CGCUCCUUUCCAAAGUCGAUCCUCUGUGCUUGCUCUCUCUGCGCCAGGAUGUCCAAACCCGCGGACCACAUCAAGAGGCCCAUGAACGCAUUCAUGGUCUGGUCGAGGGGUCAGAGGAGGAAGAUGGCCCAAGACAAUCCCAAAAUGCACAAUUCCGAGAUCAGUAAAAGACUGGGCGCUGAGUGGAAACUGCUGUCGGAGGCUGAAAAGAGACCAUACAUUGACGAAGCCAAGAGAUUAAGAGCGCAGCACAUGAAAGAACAUCCAGAUUACAAGUAUCGGCCUCGGCGCAAACCCAAGAACCUGCUAAAGAAAGACAGGUACGUCUUUCCUUUGCCUUACCUCGGGGACACUGAUCAUUUGAAGGCCGCGGGACUUUCGAUGUCUGCCGCCGACUCUCUCCUGGGUGCAUCCGAGAAAGCCAGAGCUUUCCUCCCGCCUACCUCGGCGCCUUACUCGUUGCUUGACCCCAGCCAGUUCGGCUCCAGCGCCAUCCAGAAGAUGACCGAGGUGCCCCACACCCUUGCCACCACCCUGCCCUACGCAUCCACCUUGGGCUAUCAAAGCGGAGCAUUCGGCAGUUUGAGUUGCCCAAGCCAGCAUACGCACACCCACCCAUCGCCCACCAACCCUGGUUAUGUGGUCCCCUGUAACUGUACCGCCUGGUCCGCCUCGAGUUUACAGCCCCCAGUUGCUUACAUACUUUUCCCGGGAAUGACCAAAGGCGGGAUAGACCCUUAUGCUUCGGCGCACGCUGCAACCAUGUAGGUUAACAGCACCAAGCAAAAGACUUGUGAACUUGAAUUCUGCAUUGCAUGUACAACGCGACCAACAGCAACAACAGAAAGACUCUCAUCUUCAGCG